GGAGGUGGGAGGAGAGGGAUUGAGGGCGGAGCUGGAGGCGGGCACAGAGGGGUCGAGGGCGGGGCUGGAGACGGGAAUGCUGCUGGAGGACUCAGAGCUGCUGUUUUUGGACGCUCACCCGAGGGUGCUGUUCACCCCGUCCUCCUCCCCCCCGAAGCACCCGCCCCUCCUGCUCAUGCUGGAGGCGGGGCUGCCAGCCUUGGGCGGAGAGAGAGGGGAACAGCAGGAGGAGGAAGAAGAACGGGAGGUGGAGGAGGAGGGCGAGCAGGACGAGGGCGUGGAGGAAGCGGCGGCCGGCGCCCUGAGGAGGAUAGAGGGGGCAGAGCCGGCGCGCCCCAAGUCCCGCCCCAGGCGAUCCAGCUCCGCCUACGACCGGAGGGGCGAGCGGUCGGUGUGCGAGGUGGCCAACGAGUGGGUGACGGACAAGAAGACGGCCAUCGACAUCCUGGGGAACACGGUGACGGUGCUGCCGGAGAUCCAGACCCCCCGCGGCCCGCUCAAGCAGUACUUCUUUGAGACUAAGUGCAGGCCGCCGGACGCACGGGGCACGGGCGGCUCGGGCGUGUCCGGCAGGGACUGCGUGGGCGUGGACAAGAAGCACUGGGUGAGCGAGUGCAAGGCCAAGCAGUCCUACGUCAGGGCCCUGACCACGCACCCCCAGAAGGGCGUGGGCUGGAGGUGGAUCAGGAUCGACUCCUCCUGCGUGUGCGUGCUGCAGGCCAGGGUGGCCCGCACCUAGGGAGAGGGGGAGAGGGAGAGGGAGAGGGAGUGGGAGAAAGGGAGAGAAAGGGAGAGGGAGGGAAAGAGAGAGAGAAGGAGAGGGAGUGGAGAGAGGGAGAGAGAGGGAUGGAGAGAGAAAGCUGCUGCCACGGUGACCAGCCAUGGCCAAUCACACACACAGUGGCACAGCUGUAGCCAAUCACACACAGAACGGCACAGCCGUAGCCAAUCACACGCAGAGCGGCACAGCUGUAGCAAAUCACACUCAGCCCAGGGUGAAGGGAAGUCUGUUUAAAAAGUGUUCAUUGUGCAAUCCAGAAAUAUUGAUUAUUAGCCAUGCCUCUCCCUUUCCGUUAGCAAACUGCUGCAUUUGCUCCUAGAGGCCUUACCUCAGCUGCUCCCCGGAUGCUGCCUGCUAGGCCCAACCGAAAAAGCUCAGAUUAGCACCUGAACCCUCAGGCCAGUCACCCCGUCCACUGCUGGGCCUCCUGGGGUUGGCAGCGUCACUCGAAACCCCUCCCUGACGCGCCGAGGUCCGAGGGGAUCAGAAAGGCAGAGAGCUUCGGGCUCGGGGCGCGGAGGAAGGCAGUUGCCGUGGAAACAGUGGCACUAGCUCACCUGGGCGACGCCCAGCUCCAUGGGAACGCGGCUACUCUUCCUCAGCGACUCGGUGACGUACGACCGGGUCGACCUCCCCAGGCAGAGAACGUUCAGACCGUGCCUACUUCCCUGGGCAGAGAACGUUCAGAC